ACGACGACGAGGAGGAGGAGCAGCAUUAGUGUUUUUCACUGCAGCCAGCCAGUGUAUGAUGGGGCAGAUUCAGCAGCAGUGGAUCCAAGAGUCCGGACUUGGUUUAAUCAGAAUCACUGCUCAGCUUUUAUUCAGAGAGAUCAUCUCAGUCAUGGAUAUUUCAGAACCCACCAAUCCUAACAUCUAGAACCUACAGAACAUCUUUCACAUUCAUAAGGACUGCUUCAUAUCUUCUGCUACGAAUUAUCUGUUUUCAGUUCCUCAUAGUUUGUUUCAGUUGUCAGCACCAUAGUAGACUCCAACAUGGUGCAGAAGUAUCAGUCCCCAGUGAGGGUGUACAAACAUCCUUUUGAACUGGUCAUGGCAGCAUAUGAGAGGAGGUUUCCCACCUGUCAUCUGAUCCCCAUGUUCGUGGACAGUGAUGUGAUCAGUGAGGAGACCAGUGAGGAUCAAUCUUUUCAUAAGAUUGAGAGGAGGUGUAAACUUGACGUGGAUGCACCACGACUCCUCAAACGGAUUGCAGGUGUGGAUUAUGUCUACUUCAUUCAGAAGAACUCGCUGAACCACAGAGAAAGAACUCUUCAUAUUGAAUCUCACAAUGAAACCUUCUCCAACAGAGUCAUCAUUCACGAACUCUGCUGUUACUCGGUUCACCCAGAAAAUGAAGAAUGGACAUGUUUUGAACAAUCUGCCAGUCUGGACAUCAAAUCUUUCUUUGGUUUUGAGAGCACAGUGGAGAAGAUCGCCAUGAAACAAUAUGCCAGCAGCAUCAAAAAGGGUAAAGAGAUUAUUGAAUACUACCUGAGGGAGCUAGAGGAAGAAGGUAUAACUUACGUACCUCGGUGGACCCCUUGCCCACCAUCACCCACAAAGCCCAUGGUGCCAGUUGUUGUCCCUGCAUUGCCUAUCACUCCCACAAUCACCAUUGAAGCCCCUCCUGAGAGCGUGAAUGAGAUUCAAGUGUGUAAAGAGGGCAGCAGUCCUCCGGGCAGCCUGAACGACGCCCUUGUAGCCAGUCCAGAUGAUAAACUGGAUGCAGACUACAUCAAACGUUAUCUGGGUGACCUCACACCACUUCAAGAGAGCUGUCUGAUUCGCCUGCGACGCUGGUUGCAGGAAACACACAAGGGCAAGAUCCCAAAAGAUGAGCAUAUUCUACGGUUCCUGCGUGCACGGGACUUCAACAUAGAUAAGGCACGGGAGAUCCUUUGCCAGAGUCUGACCUGGAGGAAGCAGCAUCAGGUGGACUAUCUCCUGGAUACCUGGAGCUCUCCUCAGGUGUUGCACGAUUACUACACCGGAGGCUGGCACCACCAUGACAAGGAUGGCCGACCUCUGUAUAUCUUGCGCCUAGGACAUAUGGACACUAAAGGACUAGUUCGAGCACUUGGAGAAGAAUCCCUGCUCAGACAUGUGCUGUCAAUCAAUGAAGAGGGUCUGAGACGCUGUGAGGAGAACACCAAAGUUUUUGGUCGGCCAAUUAGUUGUUGGACAUGUCUUGUCGAUCUUGAGGGGCUUAAUAUGAGGCAUCUGUGGCGUCCUGGAGUCAAAGCUCUGCUGAGGAUCAUUGAGGUGGUGGAGGCCAAUUACCCAGAGACCCUGGGCCGUCUACUCAUCCUCCGAGCACCCAGAGUCUUUCCUGUCCUGUGGACACUGGUGAGCCCUUUCAUAGAUGAGAAUACACGAAAGAAGUUCCUGAUUUAUGCAGGAAAUGACUACCAGGGUCCUGGCGGUCUUGUGGACUACAUUGAUAAAGAGAUCAUCCCUGACUUCCUUGGAGGAGAGUGCAUGUGUGAAGUGCCAGAGGGUGGCUUGGUUCCCAAAUCUUUGUACAGAACUGCAGAAGAACUGGAGAAUGAUGAGAUAAGGCUGUGGACAGAAACUAUUUACCAGAGUGCCAGCAUCUUCAAAGGAGCACCACAUGAGCUACUGAUUGAGAUCAUUGAUGCCUCCUCAGUCAUCACUUGGGACUUUGAUGUAUGUAAAGGUGAUGUGAUCUUUAAUAUCUACCACUCUAAAAGAGCUCCACAGCCGCCAAGGAAAGAUCCACUGGCUACCCAUGGCAUCACCUCUCCUGCAGGCAACAAUGUGCAGCUUAUAGAUAAAUCCUGGCUGCUAGGGCAGGACUACAGCAUGGUGGAGUCACCCCUCACCUGCAAAGAGGGAGAAAGUGUGCAGGGUUCACAUGUGACACGAUGGCCAGGUUUCUAUAUUUUGCAAUGGAAGUUCCACUCUAUGCCAGCAUGCGCCACCACAAACCUACCUCGUGUGGAUGAUGUUUUGGCUACUCUACAGGUGUCCUCUCACAAGUGCAAAGUGAUGUACUACACUGAGGUUCUGGGCUCAGAGGACUUUAGAACGGCUUGCUGCGAUGUGCAGAGUUUUUCCGUUCCAGAAGAGUGACAACAUUUGUUUUAGGGGUGGGUUGUAUUUUGCAUUAAAGCAUGUGAAUGACUGGAGUGCAUUUUGAUUCAGGCAUGCAAAUUUUCUUUUUAUAUAUUUAAAAUUGUAAAGAUUUACAUUGUACUUUAAAAAGUUUGUUUUGUGUAUCGUUUACAGCAUCAGACUUGGUGUGAAAAAGCCUUAACAUGGCGGUUAUGUGAGCUUUAUGUAGGCAGAUGAAUAAGGUAUUCUAAAGCCAGGAAGAACAGGAACAUUGAAUACUAAUAAAAUGCUCUUGCUAGAUGCUUGCCAAAUGUUUUUGCAGAUCACAGGCUACCUUAGUUGAUUGUGUAAGCAGUGUACGAUAUUUACUUUUUGCCUACCAGCCAAUGAAUGUCCAAGACAAACAAAUGUGUUUCAAGUGUGUGUUUUUGUUUAAGCAACAGCAAAAAAACAAAACAAAAAACAACAACAAAAAGUCUUAGGGCUGGUAAAUAAACAGGAAAAAAACAAACAAACAAAAAAACCUCUGCCUGUAAGAUUUACAUCAUUUGAGAGAAAUUUUAAUUUUCAGUACAUUCAAUUUUAAUGUCAAAUAUGAGAAAAGGCAAAUACUUCUUUUAUUUGGCUUUGUUUGGCUUUUUUUCUAACUGCAUGUCCUCCUUAAAGGGGUCUUAGCAUGCUAAGUUCACUUUUUCAUGUUGUUUGAACAUUAAUGUGUGUUGGCAGUGUAUGUACAAAUCUACCCUAUAAUGAUAAAAAUCCAUGCAGUGGUUUUUAAUUAAUCUGUAAAAAUAAUAUUCCCUUUUUCAAAUCGAGCCGUUCUCAGAUGCCUGUCGGUGUGCCGUCACACUGACAGAGGCUGCUCCCACGAUAGUUGAUUGACAUGAGCUCUUACCUCAGACCAGCUGUCACAGUCCAGUAACUUUCCUUGUUUCGAUGCCGAAGCAGGGAUUUAAGUUAGACAAGAGUAUCUCAGAUUGAGCGAUUGAGAUGUUGUGUUGCUGGAUGUAAUAAUUAACAUAGUGGUCGUCAUUUACUCCCGACAUCUGAGCCGCUGAAGAUGCAGUGGAUUACAUUUGUUUGUGAAGGGAAUGCGCCUCCCGAUCUACAUAUAUCCGUCUAUGUUCACGCGAAUCAUUCGUGAUCCAGCUUCACUUACAGCAGAAGUGUGUAUAAGCGUUUUUUUUAUGAAUCUUUGCGAUCACCUUUCCUUAUAACGUGGUUGUUAGGAAGUUUAGUUGCUAAACGCGGCUAAACGUUGCUAAACGCGGCUAAAUCCGGCUAAAGUAAACAAGAUCGUCAUUCCACAGAGAGAAGAGAGGGGUGGGGUGAGCAGAGCUCAUUUGCAUUUAAAGGAACAACCCCGUAGAAUGAGAUGAUUUUUGCAGAGCUUAUUUUGACAAGGUAGAAAGGGUGUCUUACAAAACCAUUGAGAAUUUUUUAAUCAAAGUAUAUUAGAGACUUUUCAUUAAGACCCUAAAGAAUCAUAUCAACUUGUGGAAAAUGGGCAUCCGAUGACCCCUUUAAGAUCUGGGUGUUUAACUGUAUAUGAACACAGAUACAACCAAUUAGCAUGAGGGGGUGUGGCUUACAGGUUCAAAUUAAAUUAUUCUAUCUAGACAUUUUCCCUAAACUUUUUUUCUAACAGAAUUUUAUUUACAGUCUUUAGGAUUAAUAAUUUCUCACAUGCU